AAAAAAAAAAAAAAAAAAAAAAAGAUAUAAAGCAACCCAAGACUCUUUCUUUUCACAAAGGCCUCUUUUUUUUUUUCCCUUCAAGAUUGACAAGGUCUUUCUUUCCCGCAACACAUUGACAAAAAGGGUGAAACAAUGAGGCUUCAAGACAUACAAUGCUUACAUCAUCAAGCUGCUGUGACGCUUACCACGGCCACUCGUGCUCCUGUUGCUGCUUCUGUGCUAAUGAAGAAUGAGAAUGCUGGUUGUUCUUUCUGUGGUGUCGUUGGCCAUAUCGCAUGGAACUGUCCUAAAAGACACAGACCCCGAUAGCCCCCAUUAGGAAAAAAAAAAGAGACAAAAAAGAAAAAGAUA